CUCGAGAGGGGGGACAACUUCACGGAGCUAAUCUGCGUAUGUGUGUACUUGGUGAACUGGAAUCAAGUCGAAGUCGCAGAAUACUGUCUGAAGUGGAGAACAAUUCGAUGCCGCGAGAUGGAGAGCAGCAGGGAGGCCGAGAACAGGCGCCUGUGGGCCAGAGCGCAGCUGCUGGAGACACAUCAUCAUCAUCAUGUGGAGCAGACAGGUGUGAAUGGGCCCUGUGCUGGAAGGGUGCUGGAGGAGGAGGGGGCGUGUCUGCUGCGCUUCCACACACACCUGAGCUCCUGCAUGGACUCCAUUGUGAGAGAGACAGUGAUGGAAAUCACCGCCUGGGUGAAGGGCAACGUUGGCCGCAUUCAUGGGGAUGUGGUGUCCGGUGGGGAUAAGAGUGACAGCUGUCAUUCAGCCGGUGAUGACGGGUCCCCAGCACAGGGGUUCGAGGAACUGGACCCUGGAUACGCUGAUCCUGGGCUGAUCCAGGAAAAGGCUGCCGUAGCCACACGGCAGGUUCCGGAAGCAGCUUGCUUCGUCGUGGAUUACGAGCUCACUGUGGCGACGACUGCCAUGGAGGAACAUCCGCUGGGCAAAGAGAGAGAGGAGAAGGAGGAAGAGGGAGCAGCGCUCCCCAAUCCUCACCUUCGCUCAUACAGUGGGGCUUGGGUGGCAGAGGAGGGUUCCCUUUCCCCGGAGGAGUCGUCUCUGGCAACCGCAGAACCCCUUGGGCCUGCGCUGGAACUGGCAAGUGGGCAAGCGGAGACACCCCUUCAUAGCUGCAGCCGCUGUGGAAGAAGCUUCAGCAAGGAGUGGGUCCUGCGCAGACACAUGAGGAGGCACAGCGAAGGUGGAGGCCUGGAGGCAGGGGCAGCAAGCCACAUCUGCCCCCACUGUAACCGCAGCUUCAAACACCGAAAGGGCUUGGUAUCACACCUGCACAGUCACAGCGGGACGAAGGCAUACUCCUGUGACGUGUGCGAGCAGCGCUUCACGCGGCCCGAGUCCCUAAACAAACAUCGGCGGCUGCACAGCGGCGUGAAACCGUACAGCUGCUCCCUGUGCUGCCGUCGCUUCUUCAGGUCCGACGGCCUCAAAAGCCACAUGCGGACCCACGAGGGGACGAGGAGGCUUGCAUCCCCUGCUGCAGCGAAGCUCUGCAUGUGCGCACACUGUGGAAAGGCCUUCUCCAGCGUGACGCAGGUGGCCAAUCACGAGCGGACACACACUGGAGAAAAGCCCUACGAGUGCCUGCUGUGCCACAAGAAGUUCCGGCACGCCGGGGCCCUGAGCGUCCACCGCAUCACCCACCAACGCGAUCGUCCCCAUGUCUGUCCGCGGUGCCCGAAGAGCUUCCGCUGCUCCAAGCACCUGAAACGGCACCUGGUCACACACUCGGAAGCCAGACCCUUCGUCUGCGACCAGUGUUCCCUUGCCUUCCGCACUGCCAAUGAGCUCAAGGGCCACAAGAUCCGCCACAGCCUGCAGCGGACCCACGGCUGCCCUGACUGCGGAAAGAACUUCAAAACGGAGUACGAAGUGAAGCUGCACCGGCGAGCCCACAAUGGGGAGAGACCCUACUCCUGCUCCGAGUGCCAGCGCACCUUUCGAAGGCUGCACCACCUGACGUCACACCGUCUCACACACACCGGCGAGAAGCCGUUCGCCUGCGACGUUUGCCAGCGCCGCUUCAUCAGGGCCCGUGAGAUGAGGAGCCAUAAGAAGAAGGUGCACCUGGCCGCCGAGCCGUCCAAGUGCAACCACUGUCGGAUGGACUUCGAAAACCUGCCGCUGCUCGAGGCUCACAAACGCUGCUGUCACGGUCAAGUGGAGAGCCAGAAUCGGGAGAUGCCGGGGCUCAGCAAAUUCCCCAAGAUCCUCCCACGACAUGUGGAGACAGACAGACUGCAGGAGAGUGCAGGGAAUCAGCGUGCUCAACCUGGGAAGACGAUAUCUGUUGAGCAGCCAGGAGGUAAGGCCUUGGGCCCCAUUGUAUUGGUCCUGGCUCCUCAGGGGGUCUCCCUGCCUGUCCUGCAACCCAGUCCCGUUUUGACACCAGGUACUACUGUGCUCAAAUUGCCUUUGACAGCUACACCUCUCAAUCAGGUGACAACACCUCUCAAAGUCCGAAUUCCAUCUGCUUCCAGAGCAUCUGCCUGCAGAACUGCAGUUAGAACUUCACGUAGGACCAAAGCGAGCUCCUCGGGGUGCGCUUUUGUGACGAUUCAGACUGAUCCACCAGGGCAAGGUGUAGCUGGAGAUCCUGCUACGGCUGGAACUGAAGCUAAUACGAGGUCGACAGGGAACAGGUUCCUUUGGAUGAACCAUCUUCCCAUCAAGAUGCAGAAGAGUUUGAGCAGCGCACAGUGGAACAAAGAGGAUACACAAAAGGAAGGAAGGAUGAGAUAGAAGAUCUACAGCAGGGAGAAACGGCAGAGUUGCAGGGAGGGAUUGUGGUGUUUUGGGAGCACAGCGUGGUCAAAGAAUUGUGAGGACAGUUGGCGGGAUACUGGAGGGUAGCACUAGUGCCCUUUCUUUGAGUGGGAAAUAUCAGGUGUGCUCUGAGAGAGCUGCUAAUAGAGGGGAUAAAACCGGAGAGUACCUGAACUCACACCUUUAUCUGCUCUCUGGUUAAUUAUUUAAGCCGGUAAACAGAAAUAUGACUGACUCAUAAUACGCGAGAGCAUGUGAAAUGGACAAAAAUACUGUGGACCGACACCAGCAACUGUAUAGAUCGCGGUCAGUGAGGCAGUAGAGUGGAACAUGAGUAACACUUGAUUUUUAUGCACUUGCCUUCUGGGUCCUGUUUUGAAGGGAACAUAAAUACAUGUCUUGUAAAUUUUUGUCAUAUGCAUAAAUUGUGCAGUUUUUUUUUUUUUCUUUUCAUUUUGAUAGUGAAGGUCGGACUCCCAAACAUGUCUUGAUAGAUUCUGGUCUCGCACAAAAAUCUGUCACCCAACUAAACUACGUUUAAAGGAUUCCACCUGAAGUUACUUUCUACUCUAAAAACAAUUUUUCCGCUAUGGUCGGAAGCGUUUUAAAAGUUGAAAUAUUUACUGGAUUUAUGGUGUACAAAUGUCAUU